AUGUCAAUGAAGAAACUAUUUAGACAUAAACAUCAAAACUUAAUUGAACAAUGUUAUCCUCCAGGAAAAGCAGUAGAUAAGAAAGCUAAUCCAUCUGAAUUAAGUUAUUUAUUAUACUAUGCAUCAACUCGUCGAGUUAAAUUAGAAAAAGUCAUUAAAUAUUUAGAAGAAAGAACUGCUCAUCAUGCCAAACAUAAUAGAACUGGUAAUUUACAAGUCACAUUACAAAUAGUUAAAGGAUUAAUUGAAAAGUGUUCUGAUAAUUUAAAUGUAUUUGCACAACAGGUUUGUGGUAUUUUAAGAAUCGCAUUAGAUACAAAAGAUAUUGCAUUAUGUAAAAGUGCUGUACUGACAUAUGCAGUAUUUUGUGAAAAAUUAGAAGGUCCAUUAUUCACUGGUGAUAAAAUAUUUGUUGUCAAAUUUACUGAGAUUACAAAGAGUUUGAUAUCAUAUGGAAAAUGUGGAUCUGGUCCAAAUCAAUAUGAAUGGCAAAUGAUUUCUCUUGUUGCCAUAUCUCAUUUAUGUAAAUGUCUUGGUCAUAAUGCAAGUGUUAGCAAACAAUUUAUUGUAAUGUCAAUUCCGAUGUUAGCAGGUAUGAUCCAUACAAAUACUCCUGAACCAGUUAUUUUAAGUAGAUUACGUUCAAAUGUUAAUGUUGAAUCAGAAGAUCAAAGACUUUCUAGAAUUGUACUGUCAAAAAAUUACCAUCGAAAUAUUAGUGAACAAAUUAAUGACAAUUUUGAAAAUGAUGAAUUAACUUUAGAUGAUAUAACAGAAGCUGCAUUUACUGCCAUGAAGGCAUUUUUUGAUACAAAUUCCACCAAUCAAGUUUUAGAAGCUACUAAAGCAGUUAUUGACUAUAAUAUUUAUAAUAUUGCUGAUUUAGAUAGAGGAGUUACAUUUUUGGAAUUAUGCAUAUCUUGGGUACCUAUUCAAUUACGUUUUAUUGGAUUAACCACUAUAUUAAUAACAUUAACUGAAGUUAACAAAGGAGUAAAUGAAGAAGAAUAUCAAUUCCAAUAUCAAUAUGCCCAUCACUUGUUGGGAUUACUUUCUUCAAAAGUUAACAUGAUUGGUCUUUCUGUCACUGACAUUAUUCAACAAUUACUUGGUUUGCAAAGUGAUAUCAUCUUAAAACCAAACCGAUUAACCAAAGAACAAGGAGAUAUUUUAACCGAUAUUUAUUCAGAUUGUAUUUGCAAUCUUACUACUCACAUUUAUUAUUUUGAUCAAGUACCUGAUUCAGUUCAAGAAAUUUUGGUUAAAAUUGAAUAUACUUUGGAUAGUUCAUUUAUUGAUCCAACUGAUCCAACUGAUGAAGCUCCAACAGCAAACCAAGUCCAUGAUUUAAUUAUUCAAUUUUUAACUAACGUUUCUAAAAUAUUCACUAUUUUAAGAUCAAAAUCAAGUUCAAUUAGUCGUAAUCAUGCUAGUUUGGAACAUUGGGAACAUACUGUCGAGUUUUUAGCCCCACAAGGAGAAUAUGAAGAUAAAACAACCGUGUUGAGUAAUUAUCAAAUUAAUAAUAUUCAAAGAAAAUUUUUACAAGUUUUUGAUGACUUUUUGAAUAAUGAAUUAGCAUCUAGUGUUCAGAGUUCGGAUAAUAUUAGUGAGGGGAUGGACUCAGAUAGUAAAUUAGAUUCAGCAACCACACCUAGUGGAAGAAGAAAUUCAACAGACGCUUUUGGUAGUGGGAUUCAUGGAACUGCAAAUGAUUUAUUAAGACCAAAUGUUAAUCGAUACAUUGCUGUUCAACAAAAUUUCAUAAGUCAUUUCUUGAUAUAUGUUGAGAAAUUCUUUGAUGAAUAUCCAUCGGCAGAUAUUGAUUUAUUGGUAUUGUUAACUACUGUAUUAAAGGAUAUGAUUGAUAUAUUGGGGAUGAAUUUCUUGGCCAAUUUUAUUCCAUUUUUCCAUCAUUGGAGUCUCGGUCCUCAUGUUGAUGAACCUAAUGAAAGACAGAAACUUCAAGAUACUCUUGGUUACACUUUGAUGUAUUAUAGUAUUAGUAGGUUGGAUGAACAAUAUGUGAAAAAUUUGGACGGGUAUGCUAAGUCAUCUGAACUUUAUGAAUUAAUAUUGGAUGCAGUUGAUUAUAGAAAGAAGCGUGGGUUUUGGUUAUCGAAUAUUGAAGGUUCUGAUUCAGAAUUGGAAACUGCAGUUUUGGGUAGAGCAAUUAAGAGUGAUAAACUCAUCAGAGUUCAGAAGAAAGAUAUUGAAGAUUUUGCAUGUGGUAAUAAUAGUCUAAUUGUUUGGUUACACCCUCAAAAACCAUAUAUAACAGAUAUAGAUCGAACUGGAACUGGAAUUCAUGUGACAGAUUUCAAUAAUACUACCACAAAUAAUAAUAAUGGACAUGUGAUAAUUAACAAUCAUUUGGAAGAAAAUAUGGUACCUAAUCUUAUAGUUACCCCCAAUUCCAGACCUUCAUCCGAAAAUUUAUCAUCAAACUCAGAAAAGGGUCUUUAUACUGGAUUAGGGCUUGGUACAGCUGUUGAUAUUAAUUGUAUUCAAUCAGAAAUUGUUCAAUUCAAUCAAGUAUUUCCACAAAAAUCAUUCCCAUUCAAUCCAAAUUUACAAGAAUCUAUAACGAAUGUCUUGGGUGUUCAUGAAAGUAAUGGAUCAAUAUUUACUGCUGAUUCCAAACAUCCUCUUGUUGGUCCUAAGGUUGUUGAUUUGAAGGAUCUUAUGGUUAGCACUCCUGAAUCAUUUAGGAUGCCUCGUAGGUCGAGUGAGGCGACAUCGAUUGUUGCACCUGGUUCAAUUCUACACAAGCAUAUUCAAUGUAAUGAUGUUAGUUCCAUCUUGGAUGGGUUGGAUAGUGAUGAUGAUGCUGCUAUUGUCGUUUAA